AAUAUUAAACGACGGAUCUACCGCAACGCAGAUAUAACGCUCGAGCGAGUCGGUACCUUCUUCGCCUUUGAGUUCUCAACGAAUCGAUCUCCCGAGAGUGAAGAAGAUACAGAGUACAAACUAGAUCGAGAUCUGAGGUGGUCGAUCUCUUUGCAGACUUAGAAAUACUGAUUCGCUUUUUUCUGUUUUCAGAUUUACUGUUAUAUUAUAGGUCUUCUGAUAAAAGCUUCAAAUUGAUAUUGUCUGGGUAGAUUGCUUCUUGGUAACCAAGAUGGUUGUACUUGCGGCUUCAAUUGUAAGCAAGUCUGGAAAAGUGCUUCUCUCCAGGCAGUUUGUGGACAUGACUCGCAUAAGAAUUGAAGGUCUUCUUGCUGCUUUUCCUAAAUUGGUGGGAACAGGAAAGCAACACACAUAUUUUGAGACUGAGAAUGUGCGAUAUGUUUAUCAACCAAUAGAAGCUCUUUAUUUGCUUCUUGUAACAAACAAACAGAGCAACAUUCUUGAAGAUUUGGAGACUUUAAGACUGCUCUCCAAGCUGGUAACUGAGUAUUCUUACUCUCUAGAUGAGGAGGGUAUUGGCAAGACUGCUUUUGAACUGAUCUUUGCUUUUGAUGAAGUCAUUUGUCUUGGGCACAAGGAAAAUGUGACUGUCACACAGGUUAAGCAAUACUGUGAAAUGGAGAGUCAUGAAGAGAAGUUGCACAAGCUGGUAUUGCAGAGCAAGAUUAAUGAAACUAAGGAUGUCAUGAAGCGUAAAGCUAGUGAGAUUGACAAGAGCAAGAUUGAUAAGAAUAGAUCUGACAAAGGAGGGUUCAUGUCAAUGGGAUCUGGAAGAAUAGAAACUAGCUUUAGUGAAAUGAGUAUUUCUAGCAGCGGAAGCGGCUUUGGAAGUGGUUCUGGGUUUGGUGGCAUUACCACUGAUCUCGAUGCCUUCUCUACUAAGCCUAAAGGUCGUCAACCUUCAGCUGCAACUGCUCCUCCCAAAGGUUUUGGCAUGCAGCUUGGUAAAUCACAAAAAACAAACCAGUUCCUGGAAUCGCUGAAAGCAGAAGGCGAACUGAUAGUUGAAGAUCUGCAGCCAAAGGUAGGCCAGUCCAGAGUGGCUGCAGCUCCACCUACGGAUCCCAUUACUUUGACUGCUGAAGAGAAACUCAACGUUACACUGAAAAGAGAUGGUGGAAUCAGUAACUUUGAUGUUCAGGGGACCUUGUCACUUCAAAUUCUUAACCAGGAAGACGGACUCAUCCAAGUUCAGAUUGAAACUGGGGGUAAUCCUGGAAUUCUUUUCAAGACACACCCCAACAUGAACAAGGAAUUGUUUUCCAAUGAGAACAUUCUGGGGUUGAAGGACCCUAAUAGGCCUUUCCCCACUGGUCCAGCUGGGGAUGCAGCUGGUGUUGGUCUUUUGAAGUGGAGAAUGCAAAGUGCAGAUGAGUCAAUGGUGCCAUUGUCCAUCAACUGCUGGCCUUCAGUUUCUGGAAAUGAAACUUAUGUAAGCAUUGAGUAUGAAGCUUCAGCCAUGUUUGAUCUGCGAAACGUUGUGAUCUCUGUACCUCUUCCAGCUCUUCGGGAGGCACCAAAUGUCAGGCAGAUUGAUGGUGAAUGGAGGUAUGACUCCAGAAAUUCCAUCUUAGAAUGGUCCAUACUUCUGAUUGAUAACUCUAACCGCAGUGGAUCUAUGGAGUUUGUGGUGCCUCCAGCGGACUCAUCAGUGUUCUUCCCAAUAUCUGUUAGAUUUUCAGCCACUAGUUUAUACAGUGACCUGAAGGUUGUGAACAUUAUUCCCCUGAGAGGUGGAGCGACUCCCAAGUUCUCGCAGAGGACAAAUUUGAGUACAGAGAAUUACCAAGUUGUGUGAAUGUUAAUAUCAAUAUUCCAAGUGUACUAAUAAUAGGUUGCGACACUUUUUGGUGAACUUUGAGAGCAAGUUCAAGUAUUCAAACAACAGCUAUUGUUUUUCUGAAAGUUCAUAGAUCAUUGAUGUUGUACUUCAA